AUGCCUUCCAGGAAGUCAGAUCGGCAGAAUAUACGUGUAGCCGUUCGUUCCAGGUUUAGCUUUUGUGUUGUUUCUAUCUUGCCAGGCCUCUUAAUGCAAAUGAGAUCGCAAAUGGAGAUCUCAACAUUGUUGAAUCAUGCAAAGACCAUAAAGUCACGUUACGAGAUAAAUCGACCUCGACCAGGUCGUAUGUUUUUGACAGGGUCUUCGGCCCACGAUCAAAGCAAGCAGAAGUUUAUAAUGAGAUGGUUGCACCUGCUGUACUGGAGGUCAUUGAGGGAUACAAUUGCACCAUUUUUGCGUGGGACGUUGCCAUUCCUUAAUUUUUUUACUUUAGAUACGGUCAAACUGGCACCGGAAAGACUUACACGAUGACAGGAGAACGGUCGGACGCCCUUAGGUAUACCUGGGAAAAUGAUCCCACUGCGGGGCUUGUGCCCAGAGCCUUAAAUCAGAUUUUCACUGUCUUGGAGUCUAUGGUUAGUGAACCUCAUUGUUUACUCUAGUGAAUAGAGCUGUGACUUCUCCAUUCGUGUUUCAUUUCUGGAGCUUUAUAACGAAGAGCUUUUCGACUUGCUUGCAUCGGGUGAGGACUGCAGUCGUUUAACUAUUUAUGAUGACUCAACACGAAAGGGAUCGGUGGUGGUCAAAGGCCUCAGGGAAGUUGCAGUUCUGAACAAGGAAGAGGUUUAUGAUAUCUUGGAAAGAGGACUCGCCCGACGUCAAACAGCCUGCACUCAACUUAAUGCCCAGUCUAGGUAUCGUUGUACAAUUUCUCUAUAUUUUUAGCCGUUCGCACUCCGUUUUUACUGUCACCGUUCACAUCAAAGAGAUCUGCCCUAAAGACGGAGAAGUUUUCCUCAAAAUAGGAAAACUAAAUUUAGUGGACUUAGCUGGAAGUGAAAACAUAGGUAGGUCUGGUGCUCUGGACAAGCGAGCUCGGGAAGCUGGGUCGAUAAAUCAAAGUCUUCUCACUCUGGGCCGUGUUAUAACUUGCCUCGUCGACCAUGCUCCGCAUAUCCCGUAUCGUGAGAGCAAACUGACGCGUUUGCUGCAGGUAAUGACACCUUACCUCAAACAACAUCAACAGGAUUCUUUGGGUGGUCGAACCAAGACUUCGAUAAUUGCUACAGUCAGUCCCGCGAACUCAUGUCUUGAGGAGACCUUGUCUACACUGGACUACGCCCACCGAGCGAAGAAUAUACAGAACCGACCCGAAAUUAACCAAAAACUAAACAAAAAGGAGCUGAUCAAAGGAUAUAAUGAAGAACUGGAACGUCUUAGGCGUGACCUGGAGGCUUCUCGUUCCAAAACUGGGAUCUUCAUCGAUGCCGAUAAUUACCAAGCCAUUCAGCUCCAAUUGAGCCAACAACGAUCAAGGAUAGAGUAAGUACUAUUUUUCGACUUCAGUGAACAAUUCCCAAAUGCUAAAAAAUAAUAUACAAGUCCCUAAAUGACUUCUAUAAAACGUUCUGAGUAGUCCGCCGGCAGUUACGGCCGGUAUUACUGUCUGGCAAAACACAAGUUGUCAGACUUGACGAAAAUACUUUGACCCAAACCCACUUCAAAUCCUCCCGUUGCUAACUCGUAGCUGAUCACCACGAAAACCUCUCAUUUUUAAUCUAGUCAACUUCUUUGGCAGCACUCUCAACAGUUCGCACAGAGCUUGGAAAUUUAAGCGCUGUGGUGCGCACGUCGCCCGAGUGUGGCUGUGGCCACAAGCUACCAGUUUCGAUAGGGAAGCUAUAAAGUAACCGAGCGGCUGGCAGCGACUGACAGCAGAAGUCUGCAAGUGCUAUUCAGCAGUAAUACCGAACUGGUUACACGACCUCAUCGAAGUCAGAAAACAAACCUUGCCUGCAGAGUGCGUAGACUCGGUCUUUAGGUUGGCUAUCAUAAAUGGUAAUAGACUGCUGUGUAAAAGUGCCGUGACACGAAAGUUCUUGCUAUUGCAGCGAGUGUUUCCGCACUCGUUAUCAGAUGUAUAAACUUGUAUCACGACAUGCGGAAGAAAUAAUUAGUGGGAGAGGGGAUAUGUUUUUCAGCACUCCUCGCUUAAGUGUGCCAUCGAUCACCACCUGUGCUGCCAACAAUUCCUCCUUUUCUCCUUUGCUGAUUUCGAUGUUUUUCAUCAAAAUCACCUGUUCCUGGUCAUGAUAAUAUUUCCCCACAGACUAGCACACCAGCUGGCCCAUCUUCGCUCGGUUCUCCAUCACCGACCGAUUGUAAUGGAGGGUGGUCAUCCGCUGAACCUGUCACAUGGAACUAACUGAGUCAGUCAUAAUGAGUGUUGUCACUAGAGCAAGUAGACUCCUAAGAGUACAUUUUAAACACAUCUGGCUUUUGGAUUAGGUCAGUUAUCUCCUGUCCGAUUUAUCCGAUCUAAUGUCUGCUCUAUCAUUUGCUUGUGUGCGCGUGUCUACGCUCGAUCGCAUAUAAACUUGACAGCAGAUGCAUGCGGUGGAAAUCCAUACAGUGUUCACCAUCCAACUAUUUACUGUCGGCGCCAUAUCUGUUCAGCACCAGGUGUGGGUGUGCGUCACCAGUGUCUGACCACAAUUAGUAGCAUGAUACCAAACCAAAUAUUCUGAGAAAAUCGGUCAUUGUCGGCCACUGUCAAUCAAGAAUCGCACAAGUGACCUAUCCAACGCACAAGGAAGCCGUUUCUCCAUUACUCCCCUUGUUACCCACUCGUUUGCUACCAUUACUUUAUUUAUUGCGUACCUGGUAAAAGUUUUGUCUGGGAAUGAUCAAGGAUGCUCUAUUAUGCUAUCAGGUCGGCUGGCCGGUCGCUGGUUAAGUAUCAUGACCGACGUCAUACUGUAAAGCGUUACAUUGAACUGAUGACGUGACCACCAAGCCAAAAACGCUCCCUUGGCUGAUGCGCUUCACUGAAAUGACGUGUUAUAAUAAUGCGCAGCGUAUUGACAUGACGUUUCAUAGGUGCCGAUUUAUCGACCAGAAUCCAAACUCUUAAGAAUGCUUACAACAGUGUCUUGUAACCAUGUAGUUGAGCUGGUGUAGGUCUCAUUACUAACAUUUCUCUUUCAACCAGCCUCAUGAAAUAGGCAUUUCUUUCCCACCCUUCAGUAUCCAGGCGAUUUGUUGUGCUUGCCUGAUUAGUGUGCACCUCAUCAAACUUUAAAAGUGUGUGGAACGGAUAGGAAGUCACUCAAACUCAAGGGAUGGUGAAUAACUUUGUUUUUCUAAGACUAGGUAACUCGACAAGGUAAGUGACUGCUCCACACCUUUUGCGUGGCACUCCAACAUGCCGCUGCCAUCCUCGGGUAUAUUUUAGUUAAUUUUAACCACCAAGCCUAUUAAUUAGGGUGUCAGGGAGAAAUAUAAUGUUACUUUAGAUGUCCUACUGAAAGCUUGCUACUAUUUGCUCAUUCGCGGUCUGCUUGUUACGGCCUUCCGGUUAAUGUACCAGAACGACUCAGGAAUCUAGUGAAACCGUGUUUACCAGUACAUUAUAUCACCACAGGCACAAAAGCUCCGCACCGUUUUAGGGAUUGAAAUUUAAGGACCUAUGUCUAUAAUUUUCGGUAGUAUUACUUCCGUCCUGUUUUCUGAAAUCAUAUUCCAAAAGACUACCGAUUAUCAUUUACGGUCUAGUCAAAAGCUCCUCCCAGCUAUCAAGGGAUUACGAAGCUUUGACGUCAAAGUCAUGAUCAGAGAUCGUAUGUAAUUAAUUGUACAUAAACUCGCCGUUUAAACCCUUUCCAUCUUUGCUAUACGUACUUGAAUUUACCGAAUACUGUGCAUUUUUAACCCCUCAGUGAUUUGGAAGAAAGGAAAGAGCUUUUAACCGCCGAUUUAGAGGCUGUUAAGAACGAUUUCGAACUUUCUCGUCUGGAACUUGCUGAGAUAAGAGCUGCGAAGGAACGGGUCGAGGAGGAAUUUUGCAAGUGUGCGGAUGACCUGGUGAGUUCGUGUCCGGGCAUCAUACACUUUCUUAUGAAACCGAGAUUGCAGAAACUAUCUGGCUAUUUUUCAACUUUUCAAAUUAAAGACGUACCAAAAAUUUGAAGGGUCAAAUGGUAGCAACAGUUGUAUCCACAUUGUCGUGUUUGCGAGGGUUAUGCAUCUAUCCACGUUCUAGUGUGCUCCACACAGCUGCUUGAGCCAGCUUCAAAGCUGAGGAUACAGGGGUUUUGUGCGAUCAAUUCUUAAGGUCGGAUUUUUGGCUAUUGCUAUCCAUUUGGCUUUUCAUUCACUACCACCAAAGACGCGUAGAAACUGUGUGAUUAGUUUGCGGCGGUUGUGUGGCCCAGUUAGCAAGUUGUAAAGAUCGUCCAUUUUGGGUUUGAUUUGGUGGUCACCACAAGACGUUACUUAUACGCCGUAAAGACGUUUGCGUUCUCUGAAAUGGCACUUGCGGCGUUUAGAAAUUUUUAGUCGUCUUUGUGUCGUCAGAAUAAAUUUGGUGGAAUAGCGUCGUUGGUAAGAUAAUUUUUGUCCAAUCCACCCCUCGCAAGCAUUCUUCUCUAACAUAGUUCCUCUCAACUGGCUAUGUAGUUGCGUGUUUGCCAUUGUUCUUCAGUAAAUUUGCCACUGACGUUAAUUGUUAAAUACCAUGUUUUGCAGGCAGAUGACCGAACGCUACGGAGUCGUUCGACCUUGCCUUUCGAAAUUCUUAUCUUUCCCACCGGCUGUGUCUUAGUGCUUCCCAUAAGCUUUGAAGGAAGAAACGUGUGUCCUGUAGGCAUUUGGCAUGUAUGCCGUCUAGUAGACCAGAUAGGGAAGACGACGAACAACCCUGUGGUACGUUAUUCACAGACAAACAGCCAAUGUGGCUUCCCAUCAUGGUUGGGUAGGAAGACCAACUGGAUUUUCACUUCAAUUGCUCGGGCAUGCGAAAUGGUGGUUGUUACCUCAAAGCCUACUUUCCUGUGUGUCAUUAGUUUUAAGUUUUCGUCGGAUGUGAUCUGUAGCUAGUUAGAAAAGAAAUUUUCCUUUACUGUAAUAUAAUUUCACUCUUCGGACAAUCAGGUAACAAAUACUAAGGCUCGGCUGUGACUUAUUUUUCCCCUACAUUGAGUCUCAGCCCACCAGUUAGUGUCAGUGUGUUUGAGGUAAAUGUCAGAAGCCCGCGAAAACUCCAUUUAAACGAUACAGGUCUGUAUGAAAAGCGGUUAAGUAGCAAAUAUUUACGGGCCGUUUUAGUGUACGAAAUUCAUAAGACCGGUAAUGACACAGGAGUGUUAGUGGUGGGAAAUUGACGAAACAGCAACGAACAACGCUCACUGCAUUUUCACGCAAUAUGUUCGGCAGUUGCACGAUGUACUAUAUUUGACAGCACAGGUAUUAGCUAAAAACCUAGACACGUGUUUCGUUGAUGUUCUGCUGCUGCAUGGUACGGUUGCGAGGGGUUUUCCUCAUCAGUGGGUCCAUCAGCGUUCCGGUUGUGCUUUCUGGUAGACACUCCAGUUUUGAAAUUACAGCCUUUUAAGUUCCUCGGGAAUUAAUCGCUAACUUGGAGUAAAUCGGUUUAUUUAAGAUCUAUAGAUUCAGAAUGGAAUAUUCAUGCCGAAUUUCAGUUUGAGUCUAUAAGUCUCAGGUAGACUGAUUUACUCCAAGUUCGCGAUUAAUUUCCGGGGAAAUUAAACUGUGCUGUUCAGCAGUACCAGUGUAAAUGUCAACAAAACGACCUACUGAAACCGAGAUAGUAGUACGCCGAUAGUCAUCAUUGUCUCAUUAUUAUGGGGUUUGGGAAUUCUAACAGGUCAGUGUACCGAGAGCCCUUACCGAUGGAUGCCGUUGUUGCUUAAGAUCUGAAACAGAAACCCCUAUAAUAACUGUUCAUUGGCUGUUUUAAGUUUUGCCUAAGGCGGAAUAAUCGAAAACGCACGUUCGCCGAACUUGACUUCUUCAAUGUUUGUAUGGGUGUCAUUGCAGAACUGAAAGUAAUAUUAUUUAUUAAAAAUGUGUUCAAUAGACUUUCGUAUUGUUGGAUUGACGGAGCAACGUUGAUAUAGUGCUCCUAAAGCUGCCGCGAAAUGACGGGUUAGCCACUGCGUACCACGGCUACUACUUAGCACUUCGUGUGGCAAGAGCGUGACUUAGUUUGUACAACUGCUCUUCACCAUGAUCCGCGAGCAAUCGCGUAAACCUCGGACGGAAACAAAUACAAGUCCUGGAAGAAAGUGCCAUUACUGAGGCGCAAUGGAGGAAAUUGCGGACGUCAACCGUUCAUAUUUGCAGCACAGGGACGGUUUCGGCGACGGCAAUGACUAGGUCAGACAUUUGUUUUCUGAAAAAAACAGUCUACACACAACAUAGUCAACGAUAAGGCUGACGCCAAUUCGUUCGAUACUGAGGUCCAACGAACCGGAGGCCGAAGAAUAUGCGAAAUGCAUGGGUGACUCGCAAAACUGACGAAAUCCAAAGAUACGCAGAUCGCAGUUCAACGAAGAACUUCGCGUAUGUUACAGCAGUUCAUGAUCCUCCACCAAUGGAAACCGCACAGCUGCUCGGCUCCGGUGCAGAAAUCUCAGCUUAUGGAACACUGAGUUAGGCGCUUCUUGGGUGUCCUAGAUCGACUAUUCGCCAUAUUCUACGAAACCACGAAGACUUCAUCAAGUGUAUACCAACGCAGACCUCGACCGUCCGCGGACCACGUAAAGACAAUCACAACUAUAUACCAGAUGUCUAGCAACGAAACACCGCGCGCUUACUCAAUUCCAACCGAAAUUCACAGAUGGCGGCCCUAAGAUCGUGAAAAAAACCAACCUCGUCUUUUUUAAAUGUAGAGAGAAGAACAAAUCCUUCAGAACUUCAAGGACACCAUCAUCGUCCACUUAUACAAACUCAUGUGGAACCGGCAACUUUGUGAUAACCACAGAGGCAUCUCCUCGAAAUUUCGAGCAGAUUUCUCUUAUUUUUGCACAGUCUCCCGACCACUAACCUGGAGAAUGAGUUCUUUCCUGAAAGUUAAGAUUCCCAGGGAACCGUGGAACUGUUGACAUGACCUUCGCUGCUCGUCAAAUACAAAAGAAAUGUAACGAACCCAAGAUCAGUGUCAUCAAAUAUUGCUUACCUGCGAGGCGCCAUUUCAAGAAACCAAGAUCAACGAUGAAAUUGUCAUCGGAUCCCCAAAGCCUAUUAAGCCUUGGACCAGCCAAAGCACUUAGUUCGGGUUCGCUCCAACGCGAAACUGAGGGUGUACGGAGUCGUUAUCUUGACAGCGCUCCUGUACGGGACGAAGGUAUGGAGUCUGUGAGAACCAGGGAAGGGGAUGCGAUCAUUUAAACCCCAAAUACCUUCAUUGAGUUAUGAAAGCGAAGUGGCAAGAAAGGAGUACAGACACUGAGAUUCUGGGAAGAACCGACAUUCUCAGUAUAUACGCCAUUCUCGAAGUUUAUGCAAUUGUUCUAGAUCAGGCACGAGAGGAUGGAUGACGUGCGCCUGUCCAAGUGAGUAUUUAGCAGAAAUUUUGCCACGGGUACUCUCGAAAGAAACUACCCAAGGGCACAAGGACAUCCGGAGGAUCUUAAGUGCAAACCAGAAGACCUGGGGAGGCCCUGCACAGACUCGAUGGGCUUGGCGCAUUGCCAUGCAACCGUGCGGAUUAGGCAAAUACACAACGAGAUGUCCACCAGCGUCGCUGCUGUGGACACCGCUUCUAUCUCGUUCGUCAGCAGUGCAGGCACGGUUCCAACCUCCCCUUCUCUGAAACGUACGUCUCACCUGUUCACCAUGUGGCAGGGCAUUUUGACAUCGAUUCGUCCAUAUGCAUCUCCACGAAAUUCCCAAAUGAAACGGCACAGUUCUGACUCCCUCAUCACAUUUCGCUCUCCACACAUACACUCUUAGGCAACAGACGGACCUACUCGGUCAUACACGUAUACACUACAGCCUCCAACAACACAUCCGUGCAAAAUGCUUGCGAUGCAGUCUGCCAACGUCGUGUACUAGAUUGUGCAAAUCUCACUUACGUGAUAGCUCUGCCAUUACGUUUGGUCUGACGUUACGAACUGGAGGACCAACACGUGUUUGGAGUACGAUAGAUAUCAAGUAUCGCACUUAAACUUAUUUCCAGUCGGCUUGACUUGGACAGUCAGCUAAUACCUGGAGCGGCAAGGGUAGGGUCGACACUGGGGAAUCCCUUCCAAUGGUAAAUCUGCGCGUUCCUCACAGCGUUAAAUCUGACGAGCCGUUAGUAUUAGCUUGACAUACUGCACGUACGUUGCGUCAUUAUUGUUUGAUUUGGAACGGUACAAUGUAAAGUAGCCUGAAAAAAUGGGGACUUUUUGUUUUCAGGGCAGUUUCGUUAGUCAACCAUUAUUAGCCCCCGCAGACCAUCUAUCUCCAGGUGUGCCUACGCCACAGCGGGACUGAAUGUGAUCGGCUCGCCGAUUGAUUUGACUGUCAUUCUGUGUUUCUUUACUCAACCACAGUCAUCCGCACAAUCGUUGUGACCCACCACGCCUACUUUAUCUACUUCGUACUUCAUUCCGUGGUGAAUGGCUGAAAACCUGCGUCAUUACGACUCGGUGCUCCACUUCAUUCUGGCAAAAACAAGGACCGAUUGAGACAUUUGCCCAACCUCAGAAGCCAACAGGCUAUUAACUUUUCCUUCUUUACACUGCCAGGAAGCCACCACGCGUCGACUUCGGAGGGUUGAACGGAAAUGGAAGGAAGAGGAGUUCCUACGCUCACAGCAUCAAUCAACAGAAUCAAAGUUGAAUGAACAGGCACGCACCAUUCUUUCGGCCGCUACCGUCUACCAGGACGAUGUACAACGCCUUCACGAGAAGCUCGAGCGUGUAGAUCUGCUGGAUCGCGAGAAUCGCGCGGUUAUCGAAUCGCUAUCCUCUACCUGGCUGUCACAACAGCUGCAGGAGCCGAUCGGCUUACUGCAGUCCGUAAGAUCCGAGAUGGACAGCCAGUUCCAGGAUUUAAGCAAAAAUUUUGGUAAGCUUCAGGUCAUUCUUCCCUCCCCCAAACCCAAGGUACAGCGUAGUUAUAUACUUGGCUGCAUCUUUUUAUUUAUCAUUUCAAUAGCAAUAUAAAUGUACAGGUUUGAGGAGAAUUUAUCAAAGCAGACGUAUGCUCGCCACAUUGCCAUUUGGAGCUUCAAGUCGCAUGUUUCUUAAUGGUGGCCGGGGGCAGGUUCUAUCGCCGUCUAAAACAAUAGAAUGUUUUUAGCGGUUUCCAGGGCUUACUGCGUGUGUGUUUCUUGGGAUGGUUGCAACCUGCCCCAAAGGCUCGGAAGGGUUACGAAAGAAGUAGGAAUUCACCAAUGUAGUCUGAUUGCAGGGUGAAAUGCGGUAUUUGGCUUUGCGCUGGAACUCCUAUUUUUAUUCCUUACGGACGGUAGCGUAAUCACUAGAAAUCAUUAUUUGAGAUGCAUUACGAAAAGGAGGGAGACUGUGUCAGUCCUUUGUGACAUUUGUCACUGUCGUCGGUCAAUCAGAAUGGUUGUUCCACUACUAAACUGGCAGAACGCCAACUUCCGAGGCCAAUUUGGAUUUGGGUUCGAAUUUCGUUCUUCCAGACUUGUGUUUUGAGUGUGGCUGGCCGACGACGGCUUAUGAGCUAGAAAUGAUAAUUGUAAAUCCUUUCGUCUUUAUUAGUAAUGACUCUAAUGUUAGAAAUUUGUUGUCCAUCAAGUUUAAUUUCUCCUUCAUGACUGAAUGAACAUAUGUAGGGGUUAGAAACACCCAUGCAGUCUUUUUCGAAUUCCAACCCUGUCGACUGCGUGUAACAACUGCAACACAUUCCCAUCAGAACUGUUGAGCGAAUCGAAAACUCACUCACACGGACGACGCAGUCAUUGACUUUUCUGCAAGUCAUAGGUAUCUCGUAGCUUAGCGAAAUGACCUCAGAUGCGGUUUUAAAUGUAGAAACUUAAUUGGACAUAGUUCUGCCAGCUUUAGGUCUUCCAUUAGCUUUUUUUCGUUUUCGAGUCUAGAGUCAGUGAUGCGUUGGUCUUUACCAUGACAUCUAGUACUAUCUUGCUACCUCGUCUAAUUCUUAGGUUCACUGUUCGUGAGCGGUGUAUCCAACUAACGUCACAUUAAGGAGCCGUUGCACGUUUGUUCCCCUUUCAAAUAAAAACCGAGUUAUCACUUCGGCUGGCGAUCUUACAUGUGCUGACUGUCACCGUGUCAUGGUGGUUUCAAGUCUGUCAGAUUGCUUAUAGUUAGGGGUGAGCCAAAUUGUCAUGUGGAGUGGUGCUUCACUCCACCAUCUCCGCCUACGUACUCACUAGUAGCUUGUCCAGGCCGCUUGUGCGAUGUCACUGUCUCAAGCCAUCAACUUGAGUCUUAGAUUGCAAACUGACAGUCAAAUCUGUACAUGCGCUGCAACCCAUCAAGUCCUUUCGUUUAGUACUAUUUUUAUAUUCAUGAGUUGAAGCUCCGCAACCGGGCGUUCUUGGCCGCUUGUAGGACCUGGCCGUAAAACAGCACUAAGGAAAGUCAGAACACGUAAGGGUUGUGACUCUUACCGCUCAUCCAAAUAGGGAGUACAACCCUCAGGCCCCUCCCCCGACCCUUUUACAGCUUGCUGUAAUCCCUUCUGAAAUAUCCCUGUUCCCGACAGCCACCCUUCGCCAGCACAUGGCUGCCGUGCAGGAGAGGAACCUCGAUGACCUUCGUCUCCUGUCUUCUACAAUCGCUGCCGGCUUCUCCACCUUCCUCGCGCAGGCUAGUGCUGGUGUCAACCAGUUGGCGACUGAUAAUGCCUCUGCUGCUGAAGUUCUUCGCUCGGACUGUGUUACGUCGACAACAACUGCGGUUCGAGAACUGGGUAGCGACUUGGAAGCCAGGCUGUCGGCUAUCCAGGAGCGCAUGCAUCAGGAGGUAUACUGUCACUUUGUUUUGAUCGAUACUCCAAUGUAUUCCUUUACAAAUUAGAAUUCCACCGCCUCAUACAUGACCCCACACUGCACUGUGGGCCUGCCUUACCUGUGUCUUUUCGUUCCCCAUCCCAUUUUUACUCCAGGCUGCUGUACAUUCCGAGAUGCUUUCCAAACUGGCGGCCACCACGGUGACUCUCCAGUCCUCUGCUCAAGCCUGGACCCGUCUGCUCGAAUUAGAGGCAGCGGAGACUGCUCAAAUAAAAGCUGAGCUUGCUUUGAGGCGGGAAAAAGAAGAUUCUGAGUCAGAUCGCAUCCUCUCCGCUCUCCACGUAAUUCUCACAAAUGAUCGUCAUGUGUUUAUGUGUUGGGCCUUCUCCAUAUUCACUUCUGUUCGAUGUCUUAUCCCUCCACAAUGUAGUUUCUAGUUGAUUUUCUUUAAACGCGACCGGUUUUUCAAUCGACAUCAGCUAUGCUCAUUUAGCAGUCAUAAGUCUCGAUUUAUCCCAGAGCGUCAUUUUUCAGCCUUUUUGUCAACCCGGACUCGAUGGGCGAGCAGUGCGCUCGUGAGAGUAGUUGUGAAAUAUCCGUUAUACAACUCAACAUACCUUCCUUGUCACAAAGUGGCGACCCUGGUCUAUGGAAUUACCAUCGUUGUUUUGAGGUUUUACAGUUACAUUUCGUUAAUUCCCUAACUACUUUGUUGACGGCAAAUUCUUUCCAUUGUUUUUGGGUCCCUUUGUGCCUUCUACUCCCCUCGCCUCUCCAGGACGUGGUUGUUCGGGUAAAGGGAUUGUCUGAAGCACGAACUGAAACACACAGCAUUGUAAGUCUCCUGUCUGCACACAAUUUGUUCCUUUAACCUGACUUUUGUUAGAGAUUUGAACAUUUUGUCUCGGACGUUGAGUACGAAAUCAUUCUGCUCGAGCCCCUGAGUAACAGACUAUGUAGCUUGCCCUUUCCAACUCUGGGAAAGUGUCUUCCUCCCCGGCUUUUCUCUAAAGGAUAACACCUUACAUCUCUAGAUGACCACUGAUGCCACGUGGGACACGUAGUAGGUGGGGUACCUCAUGAAACACUGACAUUUUGAAGUGUGAUUUCGGUUAGAAGGGAUUGCUUAGGCGGAGUUGUAUCAUACAGCAUAAUCACGAAAUAUUUCAGUAGGGGCUGCAUAUCGGCUGUUCAAAUAGCAUCGCAUCUAUCCGUCGAUUAAUGCUCUUUAUAAAAUCUACAACGUGGUCUGCAUAUAUUGCACAAUUUCAUGAGCUAUGAGUGACGCGUUCUUAAUAGCGUAAAGGAAUGUAUGGUUUUCCUUACGCAGAAAGUAAUACGGCCUGUAGUCUGGGAACAAGAAACGCAAGUGAAACGACAGGUCGGGUUUGAAAGCACCCGAAGUUAGAAGACCUUUUUGAAAGUAGAAGCUAUCCUUUCUUUGAGUAGAGAAUUUGUAGACGUAAUUUGCUACAAAAUUAGCAAAAAAGGAAUAUUUUUAGCCGAAAUUCCGAAAUGUGUCCGACUCGGACAAGUUACUUAGGCAGGGUUGUAAGGUUGAUUAUCGUGCAGCACAGUCCUAAGGUAUUUCAUUUACGCCAGAAUGUCCGCUUUUGGAUGAGCUUCUUUUCUGUCCUCUGGAAAAACUGAACUGUAAAAGUGACUACUUGAGCGUUAUGAAAUAUCGUAGACCAGAAACAUUAUACAUAACAGAAAAAGUCUCUUAACAGCGCAUCUUCAUGUGGUUAGGCUGAAAAGCAACCAUGUUUUCCCAACUUGCUUCUUUUUUUUAUCUCGCAAGUUCAUUCUGACCAAGUAGAUCUAUGAAGCGUACUCAGUAAGGAAUUUGGAAUUUUCGAAAUAAAAGGUCUCAGCAUUUAUUUUUCGAGUCGUGUCCAGCCUAACACUCGUACUCAUUAGACUUACAAUAGAUGCGCUAUCCCAUGGAAUUUUAACCGAAAUUUUGAAAUGCGUCUUCGACUGGAAGACAUUACUUAAAUAGGGUCGUUAGACUAACUGUCGCGCACCGUAUUCACAAAAUAUUUCAGUCACGCCAGGAUGCCGGCUUUUGAACGAGCUUCUUUUCGGCCGCUUGCAGAACCUGCACUCUCUAAAACGGCUGCUUAGGUAGAGUGAUUUUUUCCUGUUGAUUCCUGAUGCCCCCUACAUUCAAAUAUAUUUUAUAGAAAACAAGCGAAAAGAUGUCUUGUUCUCAGUUGGUAGGAAAUGACGCCUUAUUCACAUUUUAUACUUGAAGAGUGGGUAGUUUUUAGUUUUUGGAAACCUUUUCGCUCCCUGAAUACUUUUUUGCCCCACCGGCCGUUACACCUACAUUCAGAGUUUCUAGGCUACGUAAUGUAUACACUCCGUCAAAGCAAUAUCACAUUUCUGUAUGCCGUUAAAGAGACGUCAUAUAGCACUUACAAAAUUGUGCAAUGGACGCGAACCAGGUUGCAUACUUUAUAAGUAGCAUUAAUAAAAGUCCCGAUGCGAUGCUAUGUGAAUGGGCAUUUCAAGAUCUUAAAAAACCUCGCAACUGGAAACUUUUUUAAAACUAAAAGAUACCCUUAAGUAUAAAAUUUGAGGAAAACUUCGUUCGAUACCAAAUGGGCACAAGAAGGAAUAUUUUUGUGCAUGUUUUCUGUAAAACAUAAUUGAAUUUAUGAGGGCGUUGGAAAUCAAUGGUAAAUUUUCGUUCUGCUUAAGUAGCCGGCACUUUGGCGUGACUGAAAUCUUAGAAUUUUGCUGCACUAUAAUUGGCAACCCUAUUUGAGUAAUUUUUCCGAAUCGAAAACAUAUUUCAGAAUUUCGGUUAACAUUUCAUGAGAUAGCGUAUCUUCUUUGUAACGACAGCGGAAAUCAAUAUAAAUAUAUUCUAAUUAAGCAGUCAUUUUCAGCGGGUGGGAUUUUUGCUGGCAGCCAGAAAGAUUUGCAUUCAAAGGCCGGCAUCUUGGGAUUAUAGUGCAUGACCUCCAGUGUUAAAACCCCACCCAGGUAACGGUAGAGGGGCGCUCACGGAUCGCGUUAUGGAACAUACUCGACCCGUUAUGCCUCGUCAGGACAAAACAACGGGCCUGUGGCUCAAUAGUUAGAGCGCUGGACUCGUUGUCGACAAAACGCGGAGUGGAGUCUCAGGUGUUGCAAGACCUGGCGUUGGGCAUGGUUGACUGAUGACGGCUAAUAAGCCGGAAGUGGGGAUUCCAGUCUCCCUUGCCCUUGUCGGUAAUGUCAUCCUGUCCACCUAAGUAAUCCCUCUUAACGCACACCAUAUUUCGGAAUUCUGGUUGAUGUUUUAUGAGGUACGUGGCCCCCAGUAUAUCCCAAGUUAAUUCGUGCAUGGCAGCGCGUUUUAGUGGAAUAUUGUUCAGCCACGUGCAAGUUUCACCCAGGAAAAAUGACUACUUAAUACAAUUUUCACUGGUUUUUAACGAUUCUUUUAAUUUAUUCGUCUAUCAUAGAAAACAUAGUCGUACAAUUUUAUAUGAGAUAACAUGUUAAAGGGUAUUUUACUUUUUAAAAGGUUCUUAUCUGGGGAUUUUUAAGACGCCUACAUUAUCAUUCGUGCAGCCAAAUAUGGAGUCGGUAUAUUAAUCCUGCUUUCAAAUUAUGGAGUCUCUUAGGUGUUGCUAAACAAAACCCUUCACUCCCCUGUCGGGAUCAUAAUCAACCGUGUCUAGAGUUUAAUAUUCCCCAUUGGCACUGCAGCUCGAUGGCCGCCUGACUGCCCGGCUAUCCCGCCUUGGCGAUCUCGCUAACAAAGAGGGGAAUCUUCUCAAUGACGCUUCCUCUGAUAUCUCCACGUCUGUUUUCAAAGUGCAAGAUUCGAUUAAUCAGACCACCCAGGACAUCGUCGCCGAGCUAACUCAAUGUGCUUCCGGGGCUGGUGAGAAGCUCCGUUCACAGGCUGACCAAUUAAUGUCAGUGAGCGACCGGUUUGCCGCCUCCGCCGCUGACGCGGCCCAUCUCUGUGCAGAGAGUGGUCUGGGCGGCCAGCUCGCCCAGCAGUCCGAUGCCUGGCGAGAGCUGAGCAACGAUUAUCAACUCACAUCUCCCGAAAAGGAGACAUCUGUCUCCCAGCCGACCAAAAUCUUCACUGAUUUCACGGAAGACUUCAAGUACAGACUCAAAGUGAAUGAGACGAGAACGGGAGAAUCGCUGUCCGAGUUCGAAGACAGGAUAUCAUCCGCCCAUUCUAAGGUGAGCUUUGGGUUUUUCAAUAGAGGAGAAUGGCAAGUUUAAAUGCCGUCCGGAUUAGUAGUUAGGGACCGUAUGGAUGAUAAGUACAGCGUUUUAGGGAGUUUACGGAGCUGUCUAGGGAGUAAGUUGUUAUAACGAAUUAGCUUGUGGAACCUUGAGAAUAUGGUGCAGAGCUAACCUAGAAAUCUAGACUCUGAUGUGCCACGAAGCUCUCGAAUACCUUCAUAUACGACAAAUCAUGCCGAACAUUCGGUAGUUUCUUCAACCACGUGGCUGCCGGACAUCCUCCAGCAAUUAGUUGGCCUCAUUGAUAUGCUGAACAAUUACCCAUGACGCUAUUGCUUACUGACCAACCGGCACGAUGCGCAACUCUGGUCCAACAAUGUGUAGCCGGGAUGGCGGGAACCUUAGCAAGAAAGAUCCUGUGUUUACUCUAUCUGCGGGCUGCUCGGCGCUUCAACAGCUGACGGCUGAUUGUGCAGCCUUCGGCGGAGGGUAGAUGCGAAGUAAGCAGACCAUAAUACGUCCAGGCGUGACUGAGCACUAAUGUGGCAUCAUUCGUGCCCAUAAGAAAUUCACGAGCCACGCAGGGUUUGACUGUCGCGAACAACGAUGCCCAUGCGUAUGCCCCACAGCAUGACAGGCGCAGGGACGGUGACCUGAGUGUGAACUUGUCCAUAGUGACAGUGGAUUUGCGCAGAAUCCACCGCAAUCAUUUCUCCCUUAUCCGCUUGAGCCCGUUGUCCAAACAGAUUCAGGAAGACCGGAGGCGGGAUUGGACGCAGACCAGGCAACCCGUCUGCUCGUGCUACACGCCCAGCUCGCACACAGGGGACCAGGUUUUCACAGAAACGAGAGAGGCUGGGGUCACGACUGAGUGGGAGCGCCAUAGAGGCUACGUAAGGAACUAUUGCAGCCAGAAUCUCCGCCCUGAGAAUACUGAGGGCCUAUCUGUAUUAGCCUUCAGGCAACGGGAAAACCUUGUUUUUUUCACUCUCUUAGGAGUAUUCAAUCCCUGCAGACCAACCAUUUAUACUUAACGCAAUAGUCCGACCAGUACUCCAGUCAAUAAGGUACCUCCGUAGCAGCCUAUCUAUGCGUUUACUUUCAUGUACAGCUGUGGCAUUUUCAUGAGAAUUCAACCAAGCAUUCGAUUUUUAGUGACAAUUUUGUAUUUGCAGCAAAUCAUUUCUGAAUAGCUACCCAACUGAGACAAUUUCGAUCAAUUUGGGUUCCCGGGUGCUGUUAGGCCCCCGACGGUUAAGGUUUCCUCUUCAGCUAUGAAUUAAAGGAGACUUCGUUUACACUUACAACAGAUGAUCAAGUCGUGAAUAACUGUCAUACAACGGGGUAGUGCCAGAUCAACAAAACCUGAUUAUUCUUUGUAGAACAUGGGGUGAGAAUCAGCUCAGAUUGCUUGGGCAGGAACUAUUUGCACUCCCCUGACUUUUUAUGCUCUUGUAUUUCGGGGCAUUUUUUUAUGUAACCAUUCCAUCGUUUUACAGCUUUCUCAGAUGGAUACCAUAAGCACCACGUUGCCAGAACUCGCAGAAAGACUCUCACACCACCUUAUGGAGACUAUUCGCGACUAUUGUCCCAGUGGGAUGACGCCUAUGCGCCGUGACGGAGAAAAGGAACUGGUAUAUCCCACUAGUCUGGCCAAAACGGCCCCCCACCCACGUCUUUUGACAGAGUUUCGUCGGGUCCAGGGAUACACUGACUGCAGUCCGUUGGUGGCCACUCCAUCGCCUCGACUCCGUCCCUCCGGUCGUUUGUCGCCCUUGGGCGACGUGACCAACUACGUAACCCCUCCCCGCUGUGUCCGCCUGUCUACUAGUGGUGGCUAUCUCAAGGGCCAGCCGGUCUCACCAAUCGAAGAGGAUGGUGAUGAGGCAGCGUCGACGGCGGCCUCUGCCCCAACGGAUGAAACUGCUUCACGGGACGGUCAGAGCAGUGGUGUGGUGAGUCUGGGCUAGCUGACUGUGACAGCUUGGAAGAUGUUCGUUUGCUGCUUUGCUUAGUAAACCAGUUCCGGCUCGAGAAAAGAGUCGCAGAGCUUUGUGAAUGUCCCAUUGCAUGGCAUAACUUAACAUGGGUGGCUGCUGCUUUAACGCCAGCACCAUGGAUAUACUUACACUGUCAGUGAUUUAAUUAUAUUUUGACCACGUUGAUGAGGAUUACGAAUUGGCCUUUUGACCCAGCUGUGCGCGAGCUACGAGCACUUCCAAAUAACGCAAUCUACUGAAGCUACCCUACGUCCCAUAUCACUGCCCUACUAGAGAUUUUUUCCUUGGCUCUCACGUAGUCUGUCUGAAUCCCAAGUCGUCCAUAACCAUUCUUGGACAUUAAAUUGAUGCUACUGAGCUACUCACCAGCAGCUGGCUACUAGAACUUACAGUGUGUAUUGUCACCACAUUGGUGCGUGCAGAAUAGUAAUUAACAGCAGGUAGCUAGUUGGGACCACUGACCAUCUCCAUUGCUUGCUCCUAUUUCACACUUAAUUUAGUUUUUCAACCAUCCAGCUAAUUUCCGAGGACUAGUGCAUGCUGUGGGCAACUAAUAUCCUACUUGGUAAUAAAGUUGCCGUUUAUUUUGCUCACUCUACUCUUCUCUGUAUCCUUCCAAGGGGACUAUCUCGCCAGAAUCCGUCCGAGUGCCUGUAAGUUUUUACUGUCCUCUAACGAGUCCUCCCUUGUUUAACGAAUUCGUCAGCGACUGCCCUCUAAAGCUAAAACCUAAUGCUCUUUGAGACUUGCCUUCUUCAUAUUUCCCAUCUUGGUUCAGGGUAUUUUUCCAGCUCUUAUCGUCAUCUAGAGUAGGUGGCAUGUCUAUUGAACUGCUAACUGAAAUUCGAGAGUGUUUUCGAUUAGAAGGGAUAACUUGCAUGGGGUUGUAAUAUUGCUUGGUAUGCAAUACAACCCCAGACUUCUUCAGUUACAUCAGAAUUUCGGCUUUCUAGUGCACUUCUGUCCAGCCGCCUGCAAAACCUAUCCACUAAAAAUGGCUACUUAGGUAGUGUGUGUUUUUACUGACUUUCUUCGCCUCUAUAAGUUCAAUUACAUUUCUCAUAGUCAUUUAGUAGAAAACCGCGUCUUCAAUUUUUUUACCCAAAGAAGGGAUAGUUUUGGCUCUAAAACGUUUUUCAACUCGUAAAUAUGUUUCAACCCGACAUGUCUACAAGUUGCAUACGUACUGCGUGUGGAAAGUCAUGCACUCCUCCAUGCUACUGAGACGACACCAUGUACGGCUUAUAAAACUUUGCAGCGAGUAUUGGCCAUUGAUAAACAGACAUACGGUGCUGUUUAGUUGGACAUUUAACAGUCUUUUAAUUCUUACAAGUGCAAACUUUUUAGAGAUCACAACAACCGUUUCUUGUAGUACAACGUUUGAAGACGUGAUUUGCUCCCAACUGAUUGCAGGAAAGGAUUCUCUUGUGCGUGUUUUCUAUUAAAUGUGUUUGAAUUUAUAAGGUCAUAAGCAAUUAAUGGGGUGAUGCAUAGUACAUAAGUGGCCACAUUGUGACAAGUGGGCCAUUUAUAGGUGGCCGGAAAGAAGUGCAUUCACAAGUCGACAUGCUGGCGUGACUGAAAUACUCUGGGGUUAUGUUGAGUGAUAGCCAACUUUGCAAACCCACAUAAUCAAAAUCAUACCUUUGGGUUUCGGUUAACGUUUCUUAAGAACCCCUCCUACUGCAGAUGUGUCCAGCGUUGUCUGACGCGUGACGCAACUGCAUAGCGUCGACCCGAAAGAGGUAAGAAGCAUCGGCGAUACGAGGAAGCAUGCAAGUUAUACGUCAUAUGAUAGGAAUGUCCUUAGCAAGGCCCGAUACGUUAAAGGAGGACAAUAUGUGACGGGAGUGAGGAUGAAGGCAAUAGCAUGUUACUAACCGUGUCCACCAUUAUGAGAGAACAUUAUCGCUGUUCGGCAAUAAGCCAUCUCUGUGCGCGGCGGCUGUCUAAAUUGACGUUGGCUGUACUAAUGCCUCCCCUUGCUGUCGUGGAUUCAAAUCCCACCGAGGCGCCCAGUUUUUUCACAGUUGGGUCAAGGGAAAUUAUUUGAAAUCUUCCAGAACACCUCUGAAAGAUAAUGGGGUCAACUUCCGCAUUACCCCCUAUUGCAGUGAUAACUACGACUCUUCUGGCGGACGCUUGUUGAGAUCACCUCACAACGGGAAGACCAUGCAUUGCCUGCAUGGCUUCCAGUCGAUGACCGCUAAGCCAGUGGCACCUUGCCAAUAUCCCUGUCUUUUCUGCCUACGCGCCAAAUCAGCUGACGACCAUUGCGGUGAGAGCUUCCUACCCGUAGACACAAGAACUGGUUGAAAUGUUACCUUAUCGUAAUCUGGGUUGGUCGACUAGGCCGGGCGACUUGUUUAUCGCUUUAGGCCGAGCUUUGCUGACCCGAACCCUCUAAUUAUCAUCAACACGUGCUAUCAGCAUUGUCGCAAACACCUCCUGACUUGAUAUUCGAACAGUGGUCACACGGCCAACCAGCUUGACUAAAUUCUCGUCAGUUCAAGGUCCCCUAGUUCGGUUCGUCAAAGCAGGUCGAUGUGUGAUGCCGGAAAUGGCAACGCCUGCCAGACAGACCAUGUUCUCCUUCUCUCACGACUUAAGUUUCGCUUCUCAUUCGUGGUCAAUCGCUAUCGUGCAAGACGCCUUGAUGUUAUAAACAGCCAAGGCUCUGAACACAGAAAUCGGGUCUCUCAUUGUACCCCGAGUUGAAGAAAGGGCAGUAGCAAAUGACCGCAGCAAGUCCCAAUCCCUAAGAGUACCUGAGUGCAUUUUCAAGUUAACUCAACGACGUCUAUUAAACCGAAUGGGCUUCAGAACACCAGUUGUACGUCCGAGCAAGACUUCGCAACAAUGAUUCCUUCCGCCAACUUCGGAAAAUGACAACAAAGCCGAAUAGAUGUGAUCGUAGGAACUAGGAGUCUAAUUUGCGAGUUGUAUUUGGCAGUCUGUCAGGACGCCCGGACAUUUUUGGCUGCUUUUGAAAUCUUUGACGCGAAUGAGUUUACGUUGGGGACACAUUUGGGGCUUCGGCGAUCCACUUGCGAAGAUGCCCAUCAAAAACGCAGUGGGCCUCACUCCGCAGUUACCGUCCUGAAGUCCUCAAUCUUUCUGUUAGCCUGUUGUGUGCAGGUGUGUACCAUACUGUUUGAAUUCUUAGCCAGUUAAUUCUGUGGCCAUUUAACGUGCAGUAUGUAUUUUAAACAUGAGCCAUCUGUGGACCCCUUGUUCAAUGCUUUAGUCAUUUUGCAUGACCUACGCUCUGCUGACAUCGCGUGCAAGUCAAUACUUGACUUCAGACAAUAUUGUCCAACGUCCUAUUCGUUUGCCAUUUCAGUCUCCCUCACUUGUCAGUCACCCGUCUGCACACGAAGGCCUCGUCUCUAACCGCAGUCCGCCGUAG